AUGGCAUGCGAUCUCUUCAUAAAAUUGAUGAUGAUUGGUGACUCAGGCGUUGGAAAAACUGCAUUGGUUCUCAAGUUUGUGGACGACACUGUCAAGCAUGGGAAACUCUCAACGAUAGGGAUUGACUACAAGACCAAAAUGCUGUGGAUGAGAGGAAAGCGAGUGAAGCUGCAGGUUUGGGAUACAGCUGGACAGGAACGCUUUCAAACAAUCACACAGCAGUACUAUCGCAGUGCCAUGGGAAUUCUGAUGGUGUAUGACGUCACCUCGGAGGCAUCCUUUCAGAACAUCUCUCGCUGGAACGAGCAAAUCUCCAAGCAUGCGGACAAGGAUGUGCAACGAGUUCUUGUUGGCAACAAGGCAGAUGCGGAAGACAUCGCCGUGGCAGUUGGAAGGGGUCAAGAACUUGCAGAGAAGUAUGGCAUACCUUUCUUUGAGACAAGCGCAUGGUUUGGAGAGAACGUCAAUCAGGCUUUCAUUAAGCUGGCUGAGAUGGUGAUCCAGCAACGCCGGCGCGAGGAUGAGCCUUACAUCCCAGACUCGCUAAGCCUGUCGAAGGAUGAGCCGUCGAAGCAGAGGGCCUGCUGUGUGCGGCAAUAG